CUGUUUCCCGGUGGCUCCGCUCCGACCGACUUUUGACAGUCAACCUCCAGCAGCCGAGCGGCCGGGCGGCGGCGGCGAGCGCGGAAAGUGGUCGUGGAGCGGGCAGCGGCGCGCGGCGGCUGCGGCCUGCCGGUUCCGGUUUGAAGACUCCAUCCCUCACCACCCCCUGGAUUAUGCCCGUGGCUUUCCCGCCUGAUGAUUCUCUUGCAGCAGGCCGGGCUUCCUCCACCUAAGCGGCCCUCAACCUCUCCUCCUAUGUCAGUGGCUGCCAGGUCCACAAGGACCUUGCAGCUUCCACCACAGAAGCCGUUUGGGCAGGAGACGUCCUUGCCUCUGGCAGGGGAAGAGGAGUUAGCUAAGGGAGGGGAGCCAGACUCUGCCCUGGAGGAGCUGUGCAAGCCCCUCUUCUGCAAACUCUGCAAUGUCACCCUGAACUCUGCUCAGCAAGCCCAGGCACACUAUCAGGGUAAAAACCAUGGCAAGAAACUCCGAAAUUAUUAUGCAGCCAACAGCUGUCCUCCUCCAGCCAGGGUGAGCAGCAUGCCAGAGCCUGUAGCCACUCCCCUCGUUCCAGUCCCUCCGCAGGUGGGCUCCGGCAAGCCGGGGGGCAGAGUGAUCCUGGCCACAGAGAAUGACUACUGUAAGCUGUGCGACGCCUCCUUCAGCUCGCCUGCGGUGGCACAGGCCCACUACCAGGGCAAGAACCACGCCAAGAGACUUCGUCUGUCUGAAGCUCAGAGUAACUCGUUCUCGGACUCCGCAGAGGCAGGGCAAAGGCGGACCCGGAAAGAAGGGAGUGAAUUUAAGAUAGUGUCCACCAGGAGGAAUACAUACACGGUCCAGAACAGUUCAGCAGGUCCUUACUUCCAUGCCCGCUCUCGGCAGAGAAUCCCGCGAGAUCUCGCCAUGUGCGUCACUCCCAGUGGCCAGUUUUACUGCUCCAUGUGUAACGUCGGCGCUGGUGAGGAGGUGGAGUUCCGGCAGCAUCUGGAGAGCAAGCAGCACAAGAGCAAGGUGUCGGAACAGCGGUACAGGAGCGAGAUGGAGAAUCUGGGCUAUGUACAGUGACGGCCGCGCCCACGGAGACGCCGGUCCUGCCUGUUUUUGCCUUCUGUCAACCUGCCUUGCUUUGUGGUCCCCUUGAUACAUCCAUUCCUCCAUUCCUCUGCUUAGUAUGAAUAACCUGCAAUGGUGCCCUGAGCCGUCACGUCGGGGUGGGGGAGGGAGAUGUGCUUCUUAGGUCACGACGCUCUUUUGAGCCAACCCUGUCAAACGACUUACAGUAUGUGACCUACCUGCCCCAUCAGAAAUAACUUCUUAUCUUGGCCAAGUUCUCUUUAACCAGGAGUAGCCUGUUUGGAGCUAUGAUCAUUUAAAAACGGCAUCUAUUUUGCAAUUCUAGUUUUAUGCGUAUUAGAGGAAGACUUGAUUUGAGUUUGUCCCUCAGAUUAUAGUGGAAAGAGGUAAGCAGAGAGUCCCGUUUCCUGACGCUCCCGGGGAGCCAUCGUCACAGUGCGGUGUCUGUGAUGUGCGGUUAGGGUGUGCGCUUGGGUCUCUCAGCAACAGUGCGUCCCCUGUGGCAUGUCCGUCCGUCAUUGACAUGCAGGUGUUUUUGACUCCAGACACUUGCAGAAUGCUCAUGUUCUUCUGAAGACGUGACUUCAUCUCCAGUUGUGACCUGCACACGUUUGACCCCCACCUCCUCCCUCCUAUGGAUCAACUUACUGCUGAGCUCGGCUCUCGCCCUAGCUGUCCUGUCGGUCUGAGACUCAGACUUGACUGUCGAAUGAGUUGAAGAUGGAUAUUCUUUUUAAAAAAUAUAUUUUCAGAUGAUUCAAGGAAAUGCAUGGGUGUGUUUGAGAUUUCAAUUUGGAAUUAUAUUUUCACUGGUAAUUACGUGAAUUCCUGGGAUGGUCAUUACCUCGUGGCUUUUUGAUGAUUGUCCUGACACUGCCCCAGCAGGUGGUGGGCACUCCUGGAAAUAUCGCUCUCUGCUGUUUCUUACGUGGGAAGUUUUCUUUUUUAAAAAGCUAAUCAAGUUUCAGUGUCAUGUCCAGUAGAAGAGCACACAGACCUUGUGCUUUCUCCUUUGCCUCCUUGGAGAGAAUGAAAACACAGACGGCUUUGGUGUCUAAUGAUUCUAACGGGAUUCUUAUUUUUUAAAUAAAAAGCCAUAGAGUAUGUCUA